AUGGUGCUAGGGUUCUCCAAAACCUUCACAGGUACUCUCUUUCACGAUCCCAUCCCAGCCAAUGCUCAUCGUCAUUCCAUCUCCUUUGCUCAUCGUCCUUUCAUACCUACUCAUCAUGUUCCUUUUGCUGAACUCAUAGAAUAUGGUCUAGAUGUAACUAGGUUUGUUCACAAUCUGGGCUGGGAUUUUCUGAUAAAUGAUACUCCUGAGCAUAUAUGCCUUGAAGGUGUACGUUUAUUUUUCUCUAAUUUUCGAUCUUUUGGGCUUCACACUCGUACUAUUACCACUCUGAUCUAUGGCAAUCUUGUUACUAUUCCCCUCGAAGAUCUUAGGCGUCUUCUCAAUAUUCCUAGGUUUGGAGAAAUUCUGGCCAAUGACUCUGAGUUUCCUCUGUUCAAUUUUGAUAUUGUUCAGGAAUUUGUCCUCCUCACUGGUCACGAGCCAGAUGCCUAUCUUACGUUGCCUACUGCUUUCCUUCUUCCAUCUCUGCGUACAUUUCACUAUCUGUUGACUAGGAGGUUUCUUACUCGAACUGUUCUUCUGGAUCGAGUCACUCCUCUUGAUCUUUGGGUUCUGCAACAUGCAGUUCACAAUGUUCCCCUUGACUAUUGUCAUAUUCUGUUCGGGCAUCUUUAUCCCUUCCAGCAAUUCGAGUAUCUGGGCCAUCUUCCCUUAGGUCCACUGAUCACUCGUCUAAUUAUUCGCCUUCAAAUCUCCUUGGAUCCCUUCCAAAUCAUUACUCCCAAUGUCUAUCUCUCUGUCGAUGAUAUUCUUGACGAGAUUGCGCUUGCCGUUGAGGGGGAGGAUGAGGAUGCUGAUGCUGAUAGUGACAGUACUGACAGUGAUAGCUCUGAUGACGACAGUCCGAUGGAAGAGCCAGACAAGGAGGACGUGGUAGCUGCUGAGCCUGAAGGAGAUGAUGUCUUUGAAAUUGAAGUUCACUGGGUCAGCAGCAACGACAAUUCUGAUAGCAGUAAUUCAGAUGAUGACUCUUCCUCUAGUACUCCAUCUCUGGCAGAGGUCUUGGCCGAUCUCAGGGAUGCAUAUUAUUUCGAGUGA